AUGGUGCACGCCAAUCAGUUGGUGAACUUCCCCGCGCCCAAUGUGCCUUUUUAUACUCCCGCACAGACCCCUGCAGCUGGAACAGCAGUUGACCCUCAACCCAACGGGAAACCUAUCCCCACAUUGUUCAAGCCCCUCAAAAUUCGAGGCACAGUUUUUCAGAAUCGGAUUUUUCUAUCGCCCAUGUGUCAAUACUCUGCAGAGAACGGUAUAGUGACCCCGUGGCAUCUCGCACAUUUGGGCGGUAUCUUGAUGCGCGGACCAGGAUUGACCAUCGUCGAGGGUUCCGCCGUCGUCCCAGAAGGCCGCGUCACACCGCAAGACGCCGGCAUCUGGUCUGACGAGCAUAUUGCGCCUUGGAAGCAGAUCGUCGACUUCGCCCAUUCCCAGGGCCAGAAGAUCGCCAUUCAACUUGCACACGCGGGUCGGAAAGCAUCCACCGUCGCACCUUGGUUGAACCGCGGUGCUAGCGCUCCAGAGAUCGACGGGGGGUGGCCAGACAACGUGUGGGCGCCGAGUGCGAUUCCGUAUAAUGAACAUUUCCCGAGGCCAAAGGAGCUGACCAAGGCAGGGAUUCAGCGCAUCGUGCGUGCAUUUGCGGAUGCCGCAAAACGGUCGCUCAAAGUUGGCUUCGAUGUGAUUGAGAUCCAUUCCGCGCAUGGAUACUUACUAAACGAGUUCCUGGCACCUAUUGCAAACAAACGCACGGAUGAAUAUGGGGGAAGCUUCGAGAAUAAAAUACGUCUCUUACUAGAGGUUGUCGAUGCCGUGAGGGCCAUAAUACCCAUUACGAUGCCGCUAUUUGUCCGUGUGUCGGCGACAGACUGGCUUGACGAAGUGUUCCCGGAUGAGGCAUGGACGGGCAAGGACACUGUCAAGCUCGGAGGGAUCCUCGCGGAGCACGGUGUCGACUUGCUCGACGUAUCUAGUGGCGGUGUUCAUCCCCAGCAAAAGAUCAAGUUCGCUCCGCUCGCAAACCAGAUUCCGUACUCCCACGCGGUGCGAGACGUUCAUGGCCAUAAGAUACUUGUCGGCGCUGUGGGCACGAUCAAUACAGGCACAUUCGCACAGGAGAUCCUUGACCAGGGUUCCGCAGAUAUUAUCUUCGUCGGACGACAAUUUCAGAGGAAUCCUGGAACUGUCUGGGCAUUUGCUGAACAACUGGGUGUAUCAACGGCACUGGCGAAUCAGAUCGGGUGGCCAGUGAUGGGAGGUGGAAGUAAGGCAGAAAUCGAUGUCAAUCAUGGAUCGAGAAACUCGAGUUGA